UCCUUUACUCUUCUAUUUCCGUCUUCCAUCUUCACAUCUUCUGUAUAUCUAUUCGUAAUCCGAGGUCUUUUCUUUCUCCAGGUUAUCCCUCCGCAUGCUUCUACCCCGGGUCUGGGAUGCUGGCCGUCUCGAAUAAUACCACACUCGAAUCCCCUUGGUUGAAGGGGCCUUCGAUUUUUCUUCCACUUUUUUUCUUUCUUGGCCUUGAGUUGUGGCCACCGGGUCGGACCUAGUGUCAAGAUAUACCAAGGAAAUCAACUACUGCUGAGAUUUAUUUGACACGGGGUUCAAGACGGUGUUUCGUCCCGAUCCGACGUAUGAAGGAUGGGACGUUUAUCCAGAUGCUAUUUCAUAGAAUGGCAGCCAGGCCGCCGCCUGCCAUUCUACUCUGGACACUCAUCUUCUCUCACCUCGCCCACUUCCCCAGCGUCUCUGCAACGUUCACACUCACAACCGAACUUGCCCGCCUCAUUCCGGAAUGCGCCAGGCACUGUUUCGUCUCCUUCCUCGCCACGAACUUUGCCGACAAUUCAUGCGAUGCCCCGGCGUCACUUGAAUGCCUAUGCACCGAAAGGGGCGCUGGGGGGUUCACCAUAGGUGAAGGGGCGCUGCAGUGCAUCGAGGCGGCGAAGCUUGUUGGGAUCUGUGACCCAGAUGAACAAGAUGGGAGCGUCGUCCGAAAUGCUUAUUCCAUGUGCGACCAUCUGCCCGGCGCCGUCCAUCCGACUCACACGAACCUGGAGGCGACCAUUGUGGUCGGCACAGGAACAGAAGGGAACGUCGUCUUGGUGCCCCCUACCGAACUGCCACUGCCUUCCUCGGCGGCCGGACCCUCCCCUUCACCGCCAACGACGACGCUCAUCACAGAGACGAGGCCCUUGGAAAGGCCUUCAAGUCGCCAAGAGGCCGCUACAUCGACAUCGGAUCUUCCGGGUUCGUCUAGUACGAGCGCACCACUACUUCCGUCGACCCCCGGGCCAGAAGUCGACGACGAAUCGGAAGCAGGGUCGGCGUCUUUCGGGACAGCACAGAUAAUCGGGGUCUCCGUCGGUGUUGCUGUGGGGAUUGCGAUCAUUCUAAUCAUCUGUUUCUUCGCUAGGCGGAGGCGCAAGGAGCAUCUAGCAGGGGCGCAGAGUCCGUUUGCAUCACCACGGAACAAUGACGACGACCAUGACUUUUUGGAGAUCAAGUCCAGGGAAGGCCUGGGUGAUAUCUUCCAUAUCACUCCUCCGAUCAUCCAUGGCGCACGCCGGAGCCCUUCGCUGGCCGUUCCGGCUCGGACCCGCAAAAGCUGGCGUCCGGAUGCUGCUGGGACGAUAUACUCACCCCAGCCAAGCCAGAUGACACAGCCGAGUCCCACCGCGGCGACUCCCCCGAUGGAGAGGAGGCAAUCCAAGCUCCUGCCCCCCAAGCCGAAAUCGCCGCCGAGGCCCGUCCUCACCCUGACGAUCCCGAAGGUCGACCUCAAUCCCGCGCCUGAGCUAGCGCGCCUCACGGCGGCGCCGAGGACUCGCGCGAAUGCGGCGCGAGAGAGCACCAUGACGGAGUUUGAGGAGGACGGCACCACGCACCCGUCCGUCUCGACUCGGGUGGCAUCCAAUGUUUGGUGGCCGCCGACUGCGGAUCCCAUGUCCGCCACGACGUAUUACGUCGCCGAUAAGAACGGGAACUGGAUCCUCGGCGACGCCCAGUCCAAGGACCAACAGCAACGGAGCGAGCUUGCCGAGUCGGAGGCGCCCAUGGCCAUGUCGGAGAAGACGCAGGAAAUUACGCAGGAAAGGGGGCAGGAAAAGGGACAGGAAAAGACGCAGGACAAAAUGCAGGCCGUGCAAGCCGUGGCUUCGGGCCCCGUCCAGCCCGUUCAGCUCCCUGUCCUACUUCCUCCGGCGCAAAUCAUGCCUGUCAAAAACGUAUUGCGGAGAAGCGGCACCGGUAACGGCAUCUACCCUGAACACGGCGAAGAAAACAGAAUGGCUCGCCAUGAUGCGGCUUCAGUCUCGCGCAACGUCCCGGCCAUGAGCUUCUCGCAUCCCGAACCGCCUCGCCGGCGGGAAAGCAGCAGCAAUAGAAACCACGGCCACCGUAAACCUCACAUCAAGACGCUUAGCCAGGAACGCGCAGACGUGAUGCGAAUGCGGGCGUCGCAACACUCUCGCCCGUCUUCGACGACGAUGGCGAGCUCCGCUGUGUCCUACGAGGGCGAGGAAGGGAACGAGAAAGAGAAAGAGAAAGAGAAAGAGAAAGAGAAAGAGAAAGAGAAAGAGAAAGAGGACGCCUUGCUUCCGGCCCAGCUCCAUCUCUCACCAGUGGUGGAAUCACCGGCCUCGGGCGCCGUUGCUGGCCGUCGCGCUCCCGCUGCCGCUGCAUCCCAUCACCCCGGGAAUGGCGGCCGUUUUCAUAGAGCGAGCUUGCAAGGCGACCUACCUCCCGUGCGGCAGACGCGGGGGUUUCCUCCUAACCAACCGAGCGCAGGCUGGGGGAUGCCACCGGCCGCGGCUGCAUCGUCCGGCCCGCCGAGAAAUCUAUACCCAGCACCUGCACAGGCACAGGCACAGGCACACGCACAUUCAAACUUCGCUCACGUGCCGCAGCAGGGCCAGGUACGAUCGACCCAAGCACCACUGGCACCAAGACAACCACCCCCACCAUGGCGACGGCCUGACCCAACGCAGUUCAAAACGGGGUCCCCCACGAUGCGCGUUGUCGCACCCUCACGAUCCCCGUCCACGUCGCCCUAUCCAGAACCCCUCCAGCUCAGGCGGGUCCAGUCUCAGCAAGGAGAUGUCCCGCCCCAGCAGCAACAGCAACAUCGGCAACAUCGGCAACAGCAGCAACAGCAACGUCAAUGGCAGCCGCAGCACCAGCACCAGCACCCAGGCCCGCAGGCGUUCCGGUGGCACGUAGCACCACCACCGCCUUACAUACCAGCACCUUUGGGACAUUUGCGACCCGGCCACUCGGCACAGUUGUCGACCGUAUCCUCUUCCUCGGGCUCAUCGUCGGUUUCGUUGGCCGAGAAACGGCUCGGAAGCGAACGGGCCGCCGCCCUGGCGCUGCACCCUGCCAACUCGAGACUCGGCGACGGGCGGUGGCAGCAGCAACAGCAGCGGGAAGGUGUCCGGCCGGAUUCGGGUUUCCGAAGAGCUGGACAGCCCAACGGGUCUAGCGGUCAGAAUUGGCAGCGGGCGUCAGGUCCCGGAUGGCAACCGAAGCUCACGCCGAGGCGUCAUGGAGACGAGCUGUUCUUGGACGUUCAGGGGUUCAGGGAUUCGCAAUGAUUUCUUCUCUUUUCUCAUGUCUUUUUUCAUCCUCCCCAGGCCCCCCCAUCUUCUUUGCUCUUUUGAGCAUAUGCACGCACGUCUGCUCGACUGUACGACUGUACGACUCCCCUCGUAUAAUAUUCCAUCCCUACACUGCUCGUGUCUACAGCA